AUGGGUGCUCCACAGACGCAUCUAGUAAACAAAGGGUGCAGCUCAUUCAACGCGACAAACCUGAGCAGCUUCUAUGCGAAUAUCAAUGGAACAUUUUCAGAGCUUAGAAGAGAUAUUAGCAAUAACAGCAAACACUUUGGCACAGCACAGCAAGUCAGAGGAGAAGUCCUCACCUAUGCCAUGUUUCAGUGCAGAAACUAUCUCUCCAAAAAUGAUUGUCUUUCUUGCUUCGACACCGCCUCAACCCAAGCCCGCAACUGCUCCGCCGCCAACGGUGCCAGAGUCAUCUACGAUGGUUGCUUCCUCAGGUACGAGAGCGAGAGGUUCUUCGAUCAGACCAAUGAACUUGGGAGUGGUGUAUCAUGUGGGAACACCACUCUAAAUACCACUGGUUUUAAAUUAGGUGGUCAGCAAGCCUUAAUAGACCUCUUUACAGCAACACCCAAGAUUGCAAAUUUUUAUGCAGCUACUAAGACACUGGUGGCUGCUGCUACUGCAAUUUAUGCCGUUGCACAGUGUGUUGAAACUGCCUCUGAGACUAAUUGUCUCAACUGCUUGCAAAUUGGGUACGACAACAUACAAAGUUGUCUUCCCCACACAGAGGGUAGAGCGUAUGAUGCUGGUUGUUUUAUGAGAUACUCCACCACACCUUUCUUUGCUGAUAAUCAGACCAUUGAUAUUGCACCCUAUUUGAAAAAAGGAGAUUCAAGCAAGAAAUGGGCCAUAAUAGGUGGUAGUGUUGGAGCUUUUGUUGUUCUCCUCUUAGCGUUGUUUGCAUGGCGAUGGUUUAGAAAACCGAAGAGGGUUCCUAGAGGUGACAUAUUGGGAGCAACUGAGUUGAAAGGUCCAGUUAAUUACAAGUAUAACGACUUGAAAGCUGCAACAAAAAAUUUCAGUGUUGAAAACAAACUUGGAGAAGGAGGUUUCGGUGAUGUAUACAAGGGUACUCUGAAAAAUGGAAAGAUUGUUGCCGUAAAAAAACUAGUUUUCGGAAAAUCAAGCAAGAUGGAGGAUGAUUUUGAAGGUGAAGUGAAGCUUAUAAGUAAUGUUCAUCACCGAAAUCUCGUUAGACUUCUUGGUUGUUGCAGCAAAGGUCAAGAGAGAAUCUUAGUUUAUGAAUACAUGGCAAAUAGUAGUCUUGACAAAUUCUUAUUUGGUAACAAAAAAGGUUCCCUCAGUUGGAAACAACGCUAUGAUAUAAUUUUAGGCACGGCAAGGGGACUAGCAUACCUACAUGAGGAGUUCCACGUGUCCAUCAUACAUAGAGAUAUCAAGACUUCUAAUAUCCUCUUGGAUGAUGAUCUUCAACCAAAAAUUGCUGAUUUUGGAUUGGCAAGGCUUCUUCCACAGGAUCGUUCUCAUCUUAGCACAAGAUUUGCAGGGACAUUGGGAUACACAGCGCCUGAGUAUGCAAUCCAUGGUCAAUUAUCAGAGAAGGCUGAUACCUACAGCUAUGGUGUUGUAGUCCUAGAAAUCAUAAGUGGUCAAAAGAGUACCGAUGUGACGGGUGAUGAGGAUGGUCGUGAAUACCUACUUCAACGAACAUGGAAACUGUAUGAGAGAGGCAUGCACUUGGAGCUGGUGGACAAGGCCAUAGACCCUAGUGAAUAUGAUGUAGAGGAUGUUAAGAAAAUCAUAGAAAUUGCUUUGCUAUGCACUCAGGCAUCAGCUGCAACGAGACCAACAAUGUCUGAAGUCGUAGUGCUACUCAAAAGCAAGAGCUUGGUGGAGCACCUGCGACCAACUAUGCCUGUGUUUGUUGAAACGAAUAUCAAGACUCGCGAAAGCAACUCUAGCUCAACCACUGGUUCUUCAUCUAAUGCCACUGCCUCCAUUUCAGUUCUAUCAGCACGAUGA